CUGGCAGAUAAGUUGUCCUCCCUCAGUGCGUGUACAGGUUGUAACAGGAUUUGAACAAGCUGGAAAACGUGUUUUGUUGGACAAAGACCAAACUUGAAAUCACGGAUAUUCCUCCUGCGGACGAUUUCGUGCACUUUAAUCAUGUGGUUUUAUAACUUUUUGCUGAGUUUUGACCUGAAGGGGAUACUGUUGUUUUUUUUUCUAUUCCUUCUACUAGCAGACUUCAUCAAAAACAGAAAUCCACCAAAUUAUCCUCCAGGACCGAUGGCUCUUCCCUUUGUGGGAAAUAUACUGAGCAUGGACACGAAGCAGCCACACAUUUAUUUCGUCAAGUUGGCUGACGUCUACGGGAAUGUGUUCAGUGUCCGACUCGGCAGCGAAAAGAUGGUGUUAGUGUCUGGGUACAAGAUGGUGAAAGAAGCUAUAGUGACACAAGCUGAGAACUUUGUGGAUCGACCACCCAGUGCAUUGGGUGAAAGGUUUUAUUCAGGGACAUCAGGUGGUCUGUUCAUGAGCAAUGGUGAGACAUGGAAGAGACAGCGACGCUUUGCUUUGUCUACCUUACGCAACUUUGGCCUGGGUAAAAGCACCAUGGAACAAUGCAUCUGUGAGGAAAUCCAACACCUGCAGGAGGAGAUAAAGAAAGAGAAAGGUGGACCUUUCAGCCCUGCGGGCCUCUUCAAUAAUGCUGUGUCCAACAUCAUCUGCCAGCUUGUGAUGGGGAAAAGGUUUGACUACAGUGACCACAACUUUCAGAUCAUGCUGAAAUACCUGUCUGAGGUUCUUGUGCUGGAGGGCUCCAUGUGGGCCCAACUCUACGAAGCAUUUCCUGGAGUGAUGAAGCACCUUCCAGGUGAACACAACAAACUCUUCAACUAUUCCGACAUCCUCAAAGACUUCAUUAGUCAGGAGGUACAGAGUCACAAGAAGGACCUGGACCACAGCAACCCCAGAGACUACAUUGACACUUUCCUUAUAGAAAUGGAGAAACACAAGGAAUCUGACCUGGGCUUUAGCGAGACCAACCUGGCUCUGUGCUCUCUGGAUCUAUUCCUCGCUGGAACGGAAACAACCUCCACUACCUUGCUGUGGGCUUUAGUUUACCUCAUUAAUAACCCAGAUGUUCAGGAGAAAGUCCAUGCAGAGAUUGACACAGUGAUUGGACAGACCCGACCACCAGUCAUGGCUGACAGAACAAAUUUGCCCUACACUGAUGCUGUCAUCCACGAGAUUCAGAGGAUUGGAAAUAUUGUUCCUCUCAACGCUUUUAGGAUGGCGGCCAAGGACACAACACUGGGUGGUUACAUGAUACCCAAGGGUACAGCCUUAAUGCCCAUCUUGACCUCUGUGCUGUUUGACAAAACUGAAUGGGAGACUCCAGACGACUUCAACCCUAAUCACUUCCUGGAUGCUCAGGGAAAGUUUGUGAAGAAAGAUGCAUUCCUUCCUUUCUCUGCAGGGAAACGUGUGUGUCUCGGCGAAGGCCUCGCCAAGAUGGAGCUGUUCCUUUUUAUGGUCGGUUUACUGCAGAAGUUCUCUUUCUCUGCUCCUGAUGGAGUAGAGCUGAGUACAGAAGCAGUCACUGGAACCACACGUGUACCUGUCCCCUUCAAGGUCCAAGCCAAGACUCUGCCUUGCUUGUCUCUUUUCCUGCUCUGCAUCACAAUGUGGCUGGCUGAUUUAUUUCUGUGGCUUGAUCUGAGGGGGAUGCUGCUUUUUAUUUUGACCGUUCUCCUGGCAGUAUAUUGUCUAAAAGAAAAGGACCCAGCACACUUCCCUCCUGGACCACCGGCAUUACCUCUCUUAGGAAACAUCUUCAGCAUUGAAUGUAAACAGCCUCAUAUUUACCUAACCAAGCUAGCUGAUGUUUACGGGAAUGUGUUUUGCAUCCGUCUGGGAAGACACAAAACUGUGUUUGUGUCUGGGUGGAAGAUGGUGAAGGAGGCUUUAGUGACUCAGGCUGACAACUUUGUGGACCGACCUUACAGCCCAAUGGUGACCAGAAUUUAUUCAGGGAACUCAGCUGGCCUUUUCUUCAGUAAUGGCAAGGUGUGGAGAAGACAGCGACGAUUUGCCAUGGCCACAUUGCGCACAUUUGGUCUGGCCAAGAGCUCCAUGGAGCAGAGCAUCUGUGAUGAGAGUCGACAUCUGCAGGAGGCAAUGGAAAAGGAGAAAGGUGAGCCACUCAACCCUGUGCCACUCUUAAACAACGCCGUGGCCAACAUCAUCUGCCAGAUAGUGUUUGGGAGGCGAUUUGAAUAUAGUGACCACAACUUCCAGAGCAUGCUGAAGAAUCUGACUGACAUGGCCUAUCUGGAAGGCUCUUUUUGGGCUCUACUAUACGAUGCAUUCCCAGUACUGAUGAAACGCUUGCCAGGGCCUCACAACAACAUCUUCAGCAGCUCCAAAUCUUUGGAGUCAUCUAUCAGAGCAGAGAUUGGGAGACAUAAAUUGGACCUGGACCCUAGCAAUCCACGAGAUUAUAUCGACAACUUCCUCAUAGAGGCGAAACACAACAGAAACAGCGAAGUGGGCUUUGAGGAUGAAAACCUGGUUCUGUGCUGCCUGGAUCUGUUCCUGGCUGGCAGUGAAACCACUUCAAAGACUCUGCAGUGGGGACUCAUCUUUCUCAUCAAGAACCCCCAUGUCCAGGACAAAGUCCAGGCAGAGAUAGACAGAGUGAUUGGACCGACCAGGCAGCCCACCAUGGCAGACAAGCCCAACCUGCCCUACACUGACGCUGUCAUCCACGAGAUCCAGAGAAUGGGCAAUAUUGUCCCGCUCAAUGGACUCAGGAUGGCUGCCAAGGACACUGUCCUGGGUGGUUACUUUAUACCAAAGGGUACCUCUGUGAUGCCCAACCUGACCUCCGUGCUGUUUGACAAGGCUGAAUGGGACACUCCAGACAUCUUCGACCCCCAUCACUUUUUAGAUGCUGAGGGCAGGUUUAUGAGGAGGGACGCCUUUUUACCUUUCUCUGCAGGAAAGCGAGCCUGUCUUGGCGAGGGCCUGGCGAGGAUGGAGCUGUUCUUGUUUUUCGUCAGUUUGUUUCAGAAGUUUCACUUUUCCACUCUGGAUGGAGUCGAGUUGAGAACGGAUGGAAUCACCGGAGCCACACGUACACCGUACCCCUUUAAGAUCUAUGCCAAGCCCCGCUGAACACUCCAGAGUAAUCCCAAAAGACUAUAAACUGCAAGUAAACUGAGAUUUUUUUUUUUUUUCCUGUAUACCUGCAAUAUUAUGGCUAGUUUUUCAAAGAAGAUGAUGUCGUUACAAGAGAAACUGUGUACAGUAGGUAAAGUGGAGAAACCAUAGCAUGGCUGAAUAUUCUCAGUUAUUCAGGUCAUGGUAUAGCUAAUAAAACAAACUUCAGACGAGUAGUGGGUCAACAGUGAGUUUCAGGUGGAUCCUCCAGACACAAACUGCAGCUUCACACUUUUCUCUGUGCAGCUGGUCUCUCUGCUCUGAAACAUGUUGAGCUGUUGCUGAUAAUUAUGAAACGUCUUCAAGAAAACUCAAGUCCAGCUGACUUUGUUUGAGCUUUUCUCGUUGGACAUGGUGCUUUUUGUACAGCUACAACACCUAAUGGGACGCAUGUGGCUGUUAACGAUGGCUUUAAACACCAACGCUGUUGUCUGACCAGCUGCAACAGCAAAACAAUCAACUCUCACAUUCAUGUCUAUUAUGUCUCACUUGAAUUUCACUGGACUAUUUGCUUCCUACAAAAAGAGAUAUUUGUUUACAGACCAGACAGAAAGAUCAUAUAUGUAUUUAGUUGUGGAGUUAAGCACGGUUGAAUUUGACUUAAUGAG